GCCCCUGCACUAGCGCCUGCCCUGGAGCGGAGCGUGCGUAUCUCUCCAGCCGGGCAGCGGUGACUGAGCGGGGAGUGACAGCGCGGCCAUGCACAGCUAGCCCCCGCCCGCUCGCCCAGCUGCCUCCGUUACCCCCGGGGCAGCGUUCCUGGGCACCCCCGGCCAGCUGCUCGGAGUGGCUCAGACACACGCAGGGGCUCAGCGGCGUGCCACGGGGCGCCCCAAGGAUGGAAGGGGGCGCGUAUGGAGCGGGCAAAGCCGGGGGCGCCUUCGACCCCCAGACCUUCUUCCGGCAGCCUCACACCGUCCUGCGGGUGCUCUCCUGGGUGUUCUCCAUUGUUGUCUUCGGCUCCAUUGUGAAUGAAGGUUACCUGAACAGCCCCAGUGAGGUGGAGGAGCAUUGUAUCUUCAACCGCAACCAUAACGCCUGCAACUAUGGCAUCACCGUGGGCGUCCUCGCCUUCCUCAGCUGCCUUCUCUACCUGGCUCUGGAUGUCUAUUUCCCACAGAUCAGCAGCGUCAAGGACCGCAAGAAGGCAGUGCUCUCGGACAUCGGCGUCUCUGCCUUUUGGGCAUUCCUCUGGUUUGUUGGCUUCUGCUUCCUGGCCAACCAGUGGCAAGUUUCAAAGCAUGAGAACAACCCGCUGAAUGAGGGGGCAGAUGCAGCCCGAGCAGCCAUCACCUUCUCUUUCUUCUCCAUCUUCACCUGGGGCCUCCUGACAUUUCUGGCUUUCCGGAGAUUCAGACACAUUAGCUUUCAGGAAGAAUACAACACUCUCUUCCCUAGCUCCCCCGCACCGCUGCCCUAGGGCCAUUCCCCAGGGGGGCGCUUAGCGCCAUUCCUCCAGGGCCUUGGCGGGGAAGGGGUGUGCAUAGGGGAGGAGGUGGUCGGAGUGCAGAUGAUUCCAACUCCCAGGAUCGGGGUGGGGGAUGGGGCUGAGAAUACAGAUGCACGUUGCCAUGUCGGUGCAGCUGACAUGGUGGGGAGAGAGAGAAGCGAUGUGCCUUGGAACUGGGAUGGGACGUUAAUUGUCCUUUGGGGAGUUGGAAGGAAGUGACCCACCUCUCCUCCUCCACUUUCCCACACCUGACUAAUGCUGAAUAACACCUGUAAACCUUUCUAUUGGAAUCUGCUCAGUCUUAAUAUUUUAGCCAGGCAGGGCUCCCCUCACCACAAUCCCUACUUCCCAUCUCCACUUCCUCUCACUCCUCUGCCCCUUUCACUCACUAUGCUGGGAUGGUCCCUGGGUGGCUGGACCCAUUCAAACAUGUCUGGGACGCUGCAGGAAUGCAGUCCUCUGGUCCCUGACCCUCAAUAAGCCCCAGCCCCAAUGACCUUGUCACACCAAAGAGCAUUCCAAAAGCAAUGUCAGAGGCAGGGAGCAGGAACAAGGCUGGACCUACUCUAACUGCUCUCCCAGAGGGAAGGCAUCUGCUUCCCCUCUCCUCUCCUCCCAUCCCCAGCAAGGCCUGUGAUUUUUUUUCUUGGCAGCAUAGUGGGUCGCUCAGUGGAUGACUGGCA